AUGGCCAAAAAUGAGCCCACAUCGUCGGAGGCAGUGGUCGCGGCAGGGGAGCACAGCGGGGACACACACACAGCUGCAGACACAGAAAGACCCUCCUCAGCUCUUCCGGCGGUUCUUAAUAAGAAGAUGCUGCAGAAGAUGCAGGAACAGUACGAGCGGCGCGGCAUUGUAUACAUCAGUCGCAUUCCUCCCCACAUGAAACCCCAAAAGCUGAGACAGCUCCUGGAGCCAUAUGGUCAGCUGGGACGCUUGUACCUUGCCCUGGAAGAUCCUCGCCUCCGGCGCAAGCGUAAGGAGAAGGGCGCCAACACCGGCAAGAACUUCACAGAGGGCUGGGUCGAGUUUGAGGACAAGCAGAAUGCCAAGGAUGCCGUCCAGCUGCUGAAUGGCCAGCCCAUGGGUGGCAAGCGUCGGUCCGCCUACUUCUACGACCUCUGGUGCCUGCGGUAUCUGCCCAAGUUUAAGUGGGACCAUCUCACCGAAGAGAUCAACUACCAGAAGGCGAUCAAGGAGCAGCGGAUGGCGGUCGAGGUGUCUGCGGCCAAGCGUGAGCGCGACUUCUACCUGGCGCAGGUGGACGCCAGCAAGGCCCAGGCGGCCAUGCUGGAGAGACGCCGUGAGCGCUCGGGGGCGGAGGCCACACCUCCAGCAGACCCCUCGGGCGGCAUGCCUGCAGAGCAGCCGCAGGCGGCCGACAAGCCGGCCAAACCUGUCGUGGUGAGGCGCUAUGGGCAGAGGAAGCCCAAGGCCGACCCCAUCCUGGACGACGGCGUCCCCAGUCUCUCUGGGGGCCUGCUGAAGCAGCUGGCAGGUCGAAAGAGGCCGGUGCACGCACGGAGCUGA